UUUUUUUUUUUUAAAUACUACAAGUGGGCAAUGCGAAAGAAAUAGAAAAAAGCACUGCUUUAAGGAGGAAAAACACAUGCAGUGCACAUCAAUAAACAAAAACGCCAGAAAGGAGCAAAAACGACGAGCAAAGGAGCAAAGGAGCAAAGGACAUGUGAGAUUGAUGACACAAUCGAACAGGUAGAAGCGAGACAGCCAAAUACACUCCAUGCCGAGUGCGAGCGAGAGGGCCGAGGAUGGGUGAGGGUCGCUGACUGCCAAAUGGAAAAUGGAUUUCAGUAUUAAUUUCGCUGACGACGAGGACAACCAGGACGAGGACGAGGACGAGGACGAGGACGAGGACGAGGACGAGGCGAAGGCACGUUGGCAACAUCAAAAGCGAGGCAUAUCCGUCUUGACAUUCCGUCCGGGCUGCAGAUGCAGAUGCUGUAGGAUGCUGGCGGUUUCCUGGGGGUGUUACAUCCCCAUCCACGGGGAUGGCGAUGGGCUUGGGAAUGGGGAUGAGAUGACGGAAUGUAGAGAUGAAGAACCGGAGCAAAACUGCGGUUUGCCAUCUCUGCAAUGCGCCGGACCCCGUAGCCGGAAUCUAACUUCAAUGAUGGGAAAAGUACAAGGUAUGGCAAAAAAAAGAAACGUGGGUUAGCCGAAAGUGUUGGUAAAGGUACCACAUUUGGUUAACCCCCAAAAAGGUACACGGGUAUUAGUGAAUAACUUAUAUAUAUUAUUAUAAAUGUUAUUUUAACACUUGAUAUACAUUGUUCUAUUUAGCCACACCCUUAUCUACUAUAAAACGAUACUGAAAACAUAGAAAAGAUCCUCAUAUUAUAUCCACGGCAGUGAAAAAAUAUAGGUACGAGUUCGAUUCCCUAAAAAAGUGACCAUAAUAGGUAUGUUAAUUGAUUUAUAUUAGACGAUUAGGGCUUACAACAAUUCGGUCGCAGUAACUUAAGCUUACUGUCAUUAUUGUUUCACAUAGCGAUUAAUUUGUAUUCAUUUUUAAACUAAUAAUAUUUAUCGUAAGCAAUGAAAAUACCUAAAGAAUUCGCGUUUUUUAAAGAAACAACGAUUUCAUUUCAGGUUAUUUAGGUUUAAGCACGAUUAGACCACAAUAUCUUAAGCUGUCUUACUAACAAUGUUGUUUUUAACAAAUUUGUUUAUAAAUAAAAAGACCUAAAGAAUUCGCGUUUUUCAAAGGAACAACGAUUUCAUUUCAGAUUACUAAGGUUUAAACACGAUUAGACCACAAUGUCUUAA